UAAUCAUGGCGUCUAUUCAUCAGGGAAAACCUCUUAUCAGCGCAGAAACUCUGAUGCAUGACUGCGAUGCAAUCAUUAGUGCAACCUUGGACUUCCUCGAAGGAGAGAAACAGAAAGGUUACAAGAAUAUCCAUGUUGAGAGCUUGGAGGAGAAACUCCUGGCUCAAAAAAUCUUCUUCGGAUUCUGCAAAACUACAUACAAAGAAAGGCGAGCAGGCUCGCGCAACUCUAACGAAGAUAAUAUACUGAAGAAGUUGAACCCCGUCAAGACCAAUUUCAAGAAAGUGCAAGACGAGCUCGAGGCACUUUUGCAGGCAGACAAAGAAGGUGCGCUCGAAGACGCAAAGGAAAAAACAGAAGUAGCGUUCGCUGAGCUUGCUGGUAGCGUUGAGAGAUUGAAAGCCAUAUUUCUCUCUCCCUAGUUACGAGGGAUUAUCGACUCGCAACAAGCACUGUCAGGUUCGCAGUUGAAAUGGUCUUUUCGGAGACCGAUAUGCCAUAAAGACCUAGUGCUAAUUUGGCAUGGUAGCAUACCCACCACAAAGGAGACAGGUGAAGACAGAAAAGCUGGAAGCAAUAGCUGCGUUCAAGGUUGCAACAAAACCAGAUUUGGGGGA